CCACCCCAUCGCUAUUCUCGACAGUCUUUCUACGUAACCGAACUCGCACGUCCUCUCACUUUGCUCCUUCACCUAACUGCUUCAACCAACGCGUUUUCCUUCGCACUGGCUAGCUCCCCGCAUCUCCACCACCUCAUUCCUCGGCUUCGUCUUCCUCCUCAGCUUGUCGCUGCGGUAACAAUACCAACAACACAUUGUACACGUCAUAUCCGACGGAGUUAUUGGGCUGCUGGAUGGGCGAACAUGUCGGUUCCCGACACUAAGCAAGGCUUCCUCUCGGCAGGCAUCAACGCAUUCUCGCCUUGGGGCUCGCGGAGUGCCACCCCCAAGUCGCCCCAGACUCCGAGAUUGCCAGAAGAUGGAAAAGACAAGGAAAGGGAGAUGGAUAAUGCUGCCUCUGGGGCUACGGCAGCUCAAAGGGGAGGAGAUCACAAGAUCAAUCGGCGCCAUAGGCUCAGCUUGAAACGUUAUCCACAAGAUUGCCCACCUCUUGUCGUGAGGUGGUUCCAUGCGGUAGAUUUACCCAAGCGCAAACCGUUGUCCUCCACCAGCACCGCCGUACCCGACAAGACCCAGCCGAAGCCCAAGAAGUGGAUUCCCUUCUCCCCCGAAGACUCCCGCGCUAUCGAGACCGCUUUCCAGAAGACCGCCGAUGAUGAGGAUGCCGCCGAACUGCGGAGGGGUCUCGCUAGCCCUCAAACCCCCGAGGCCGCUUUGCAGCAACAACCCGAGACUACCACAAAGGUACCCGUCAACGAGGAUUAUCUCUUUGACGUCGAAUUAGAAACACGCGAGCUCGCUCCUGCAUAUUGGUUGGGUCCUGUUUACGAUGUCAAGCGCGCUACUUGGUUCUCGCCUGACGGCGAGCCAUGUGAUGAGCACUUAGCCAAUCAGUUAGAAGAAGGCUACCUCAAGGUCAAACCCUGGCGAUUCGCAAAGCCUGUAGAGAAGGAAAAGGAGAAAGAGAAGCGUGCUAGCUCACAACCGCGCACUCGUCCCAUAUCGCUCAAUAUGAAAGUCAGCGACGACUACCGGAAGGAGCUCAGCAGAUUGAACAGUCGCGACUCUACAUCGAAUCCUGUCACCCCGAAGGGCUCCUUCGAUAAUCUGAGGGGUGAGGCAAGCCGUGACUUUGAACCCAGUUCGGCUGAUAGCAAAUCUUCGAGCCUGCCUGACGAAACACCAAGAUCAUAUCGUUUAUUCGGAGCGCAUAUGAAUUCAGUCGCAACAUACCAAGAUGAUACUACCGCCUAUCUCUUGACUGACGAUAUGUGGUCUCGCAUGGGAAGCACACUAUACCAGAGAUUUGGCGGCGCUGCGCAUUACGCUGGUACCAAGUAUGUCCGUGGCUACACCGAUCCGGCAAAGAAAAAGGACGAAAAGCCUUCAAAGGAAGACGAAGGUGUCAAGAAGGACACGGACCGCCCCGUCACGCCUUCUUUGGCGUAUGGUGAGGACAAUAGCAAUCAACGCACAGAUACCAACUCGAGAGAUGGAUCUGACGCAGGCGAUACGGAGGAGGGUCCUGCGCCUGAAUCCUCGCCUUCGCAGACCCGUAGAAAGAAUCUCGAGCGUCAAAUGUCUUCGCUUAUCACAUCUUUGGGUACCGAAGAUCCUAGCCAGCAGGAAGAAGCGAUGCGUAAGCGCAACGAGCAGGAGAUGCGCGAAGAUUAUCGAGAUCAAACCCCCAGCGAGCAAGGCAGAGAUAUCGAGCAUCUGCUUCUCGUGACCCAUGGUAUCGGUCAACGCUUGGGCAUGCGUAUGGAUAGCAUCAAUUUCAUCGGAGACGUCAACGCUAUGCGCAAGUCCUUCAAAGCGGUGUAUGCCAACUCACAUGACUUGCAGGCUUUAAAUUCGGAUCAAGACAAGAAUGAGAAGAACAGCCGCAUUCAGGUUCUUCCCAUUUGUUGGCGUCAUUUGUUAGACUUUCCUAAGCAGAGCCUGAGACAUAACCGGAAAGAGCAUGACCUAGGCGAUCUGGACGUCGACGACCAGGAGUACCCGAAUCUAGAGGAUAUCACUGUCGAUGGUGUUCCGGCCGUACGGAACUUGUUGACCGACCUAGCGCUGGACAUUCUCCUUUACCAGAGUCCGGCUUACAAGGGCCACAUAUCUCGCAUUGUCGUAGACGAAUGCAACCGUAUUUUUCGGUUGUUCAAGGAGCGCAACCCGAAAUUCAAUGGCAAGGUAAGCCUGGUGGGUCACUCAUUGGGUUCCGCCAUUAUGUUCGAUUUGUUAUGCUUGCAGAAAGACCCAAAUGCAAAACCCUCACAAUCAAGUAGACCUCGGCGUCCGCAAGACGACGGUCUGAAAUUUGAUUUUGAAGUAGAAGACUUCUACGCUCUCGGCUCGCCCAUUGGCCUCUUCCAGAUGCUGAAAGGGCGUACCAUUGCUGCCCGGCCGUCCAACGCAUACGUACCGCCCGAGACACCAGCUACACCACUUGACGAUCCAUUUUCUGCUACUGCCACCGACAAUCCUGCAUCCGACAUGGUCAUUUCAUCGCCGCUGUGCAAACAGCUCUACAACAUCUUUCACCCGACUGACCCUAUCAGCUACCGUAUGGAACCCCUCGUUUCGCCUACUAUGUCUCAGCUCAAAGCGCAGCCUCUACCAUAUACGAAGAAAGGCCUCUUCGGCACACCAGCUUCCCAAGGAAUUACCGGUAUAACCUCACGAGUAGGACAAGGCGUGACUGACUUCUGGACAUCUGUGAGCUCGGGAAUCGCCAGCGGGCUCCUCAACCGCAGUCUAGGCAUAACGGGAACCGACGCCACGAACAUGAAGAACGAUUUGGUUCGCUCGUCGCGCCCUCUCUCCUUCGGACCGAUUCCUAGUACAAGUAACCCCGGCUCUAAUACCGCUGGUGCUCCUGAACCGGGAAGUGAUCCGGUGAACGCAUUCAUCAAUGAGGAACGGAGACGCCGCCUUAGCAGCGAGCCCAUAACUGCCGGUGACAACGGUGAACACCCGCCCACACUCAUCGAGUCGGAGAUCCAGACGCUGUAUGCAGGGUUUCAUAAAAGAAGACAAAGCAGCAAAAACGAAGGCGAGGAAAACGUGGAACGUGAUCUUGAGUGGCAGGAGCUCGAAGAACGUAGCCGCAAGUUACGAAAGGAGGAAGGUAAAGUGCGGAGCCUCAACGCCAAUGGACGAGUGGAUUACAGCAUCCAGGAAGGCGCCUUCGAUAUUUCCAUCCUCGCCAGCAUCGCGUCGCAUCUCUCGUACUGGGCUGACGAGGACGUUUCUCACUUCAUGAUAUCCCAGCUCUUAGCUAGACAUAGAGUUUUCAAGAACACCACCUGA